UCGAUUCGAUGCAAACAAUUAAAACACCAGAAUGGCACAUUCAAGGCAGAGGAUUUACGUGUUGUAGUAUCUCUUUUCACUGCGGUUGUGUUGUUUAGCUGCCACCUAGUGGCUGUUUUGAGCAACUAUAUCAGCAAAACGCCGUCUUUCUGUAUCCGGGUCAGCGGACAGUGAUGGCGGCCUCCAUGAAAACGGCAGCCGGCAUGAGCAAUAUGCUGCAAUUCAUGAAAUUUAUCGGACAGCUCAAAAGGGUCCCACGGACCGGCUGGGUGUACAGGAACGUGAAGAAACCAGAGAGCGUAUCGGACCACAUGUACCGCAUGGCCAUGAUGUCUCUGACCAUCACAGACCCCAAGGUGAACAAAGACAGAUGUAUAAAGCUGGCUCUGGUUCAUGAUAUGGCAGAGUGCAUUGUGGGAGAUAUAGCUCCAACAGACAACAUCAGUAAAGCAGAGAAACACAGGCGAGAAGAGGAGGCGAUGAAACAUCUAUCAGCUCUUCUGCCGGAGGGACUCAAACAGGAGAUUUAUGGACUCUGGGAGGAAUAUGAAACCCAGAGCAGUCCAGAGGCCAAAUUGGUGAAAGAGUUUGACCUCCUGGAGAUGAUCCUGCAGGCUCACGAGUAUGAGGAGCUGGAGGGAACGCCGGGAAGACUGCAAGAGUUCUUUGACUCCACCAACGGCCGUUUCCACCACCCGCACGCGCUGCAGCUCCUCAGCUCUUUGAAUGAAGAGAGAGGACGUCACAUGACUAAAACAGAUGAAGCAAAGAAUUGUGGGAACUCGCAGACGACUGGUGCGGCAUCUUCACACACCUCCUGACUGUAAUACACACAACUCCUUAGUGGAGGGACUGUAACACAAGAUGUGCGCCACAGGAUCGGUGGGAAACUGAGUUGCAACCGUCUUCUACAUCUUCUCCUGUUUAAGGCAUUUUGCUGCAGUAGAACUGAGGGUGAUGGCACACGGAUGUCUGCUAUGUGCACGCAGCUGUUUUGGCUCAUUGGUUUGAUAUGUACUGUCCUGGAAAGUAAAGUAUCACUAGCUAUGAUAAAUACAUUCUGAUGCAAAAACUGCCAGAUAAUAAAUAUAUAUAUAUAUAAAUAUAUAUAUAUAUAUAUAAAUAUAAAAGCAAUGACUCGUCAAAAUGUAAUGAAAUGUCGUCACAAAUGAGUUGAAAAUGUAUUAAAACCCAAAUAAUUUCCCAGAUAGUGUUGUUACAUUACAGGCUUUACAUGUAACCUCCCUUAAGGUUACGCUCUGUUGAACUGCUAAUGUGGAGAGAAACUGUUAAACUAUGCAAACAUGGUUUUAUUCAAAUGUAUUGACAAAUACAUUUUAACAUGUUAUUAUACACACAUCUGGAAUAUAUUACUGUAUAUGGUUAUCCUUUAAAAGUGUUAUUGGUACUGAACCUUCAAAAAAAGUGUAGUCAUUUUCUGAUGCGGUCUCACAUUAUACAGAAUAUGUUCGUAACCACAGCAAACUCAAGAAUUAAGUUUUGCUAACUGAGGAGAAAACAGCGGUCAGAUGUCGAUAAAUCCAUUUGUUGCGUAGAACUUCAGUUUCACAUUAUUACUUUGUUUUAUCUCUGUGUUUUCAGCCACAGUUCUCAGUAUCUAUUGUAAAAACAGUCAUGAUAUUUAGUUGAAAUGCUUUUUAAUAUCAGCCAUAAAGUUAUUUUUAAUGGUGUGUAAGUAAUUGCGUGAAUACAGAUGAAUAUGUUAAUGUCACAUCUUGGGCGUUAUGUUUCGGUAAAAACUUUUGCAAAAGU